AUGGAGCAUGUAGCCGCGCAGCGCGACAUGGCGACGCCGUCGCCGCACCCCGACCUCACCAGAAAUCGACUGCCCACCCUCUUCGAGGUGCUGAGCCGACGCACGUUGCCGCCAGUUGAUCUCUUUUCUUUCUACAUCUAUAUGCGGGACCAGCAGCGAUCCGUGGACUAUCUGGAUUUCUGGCUCGACGUCACGCAACACAUGUCGCUGUGUCGUCAUUAUGUGCGUGAACUUCGCCGCUCCGUCCUCGUGGCCACUCCCGACAUGGAUAGAAGUGGCUCCAAACAAAGGUCGGACAUGCUGGAAAACAUGGGUGACUUGGAGCAUCGGGCUGCCGCUCCAUCCGCGUACGACUCGGCCAAGGAGAAAGACCAGGACGCCCGGAUGUCGGCUUUCCUCCGGGAAGACCAGGCACAGACACACGGCUCAUCGAUUGACGAGGCUGGAGCCGAUCAACCGAGCAGGCAGUACAGCAACUCCCGGGAUGCGACCCACUCGAACUCGCCGCCUCAUACAGUCUCGCGACAGGACAUCAGAGCGUCGGCAGAGAAAAUUCUGUACACCUUCCUGCUCCCUGGCGCCGAGAGGGAGAUUGUGCUGCCUGCGUCAAUUACGGACAACCUAAUCUCGGCGAUCGAGGACCACGGUCGUGAUGACCCGGAGGUCUUUGACGUAGCCAAGGACUAUGUGUUUCAAGCCAUGGAUAGGGAUGCUUUCCCGGGCUUCCUGCGCAUGAAGGCGUUGGGAAACCUGAUACCCCCAACACUUGUGAUGCGCCUGAUCAUGGGGCUCGUCCCCAUGUUUGCCGCGUUCUGGACCGCCUUUGUUCUUAUCUUUCUCGACAAGUCUCGUGCUACAAGAUGCUGGAUUAUUCUUCCAUUUACCAUCGGCGUCUAUUUCUUGGCUUCCUAUCAAUACUCGCUGGAUCCCAUCAUGGCAUUGGUCGGGUACAGCGAACACACCCCCUUUAGCUUUUCGCGCAUACGGGAACCGUACGUGCGCCGACUGCUGGCCAAGCGAGCCUGCAUGGUCUUGGCAGUGACCAUCCUCGUCGACGCUGCGCUCUGUGUGCUCUUUAUCCUGGUUCCGGGUAAAAGGCUGUGA